GUCGGGGGCGCCAUCCUCUCCUUCUUGUGCCCGCACUGCCCCUCGAUCUCUUGAGGACCAAGCCUGCCUGCAUAAAGAGCCGGGUUUAGGACAAGCAAUUACAAUCGUCACAGUUGCUCGCCCCCCCGUCCCACUACACCGAUCUUCCAACCCGCAACUCAACUCGCCCUGCUCCUCCUCCUCCUCCUGCUGCUGCUGCCGCUGCUGCUCGUCCUAAGACUCAAGCACUUGAUUCUCUUUCGUCUCUCUCUAUCUCUCUCUCAUCGCUUGCCUGUGCCUGUGCUGUGCUGGCUGGGCGAGAAAGCUUAUAAACACCCGCUUGCGCUGAUCUCUCUCCCUCUUUUCAUCAAGAGUCGCGAGUGUUGAAGCGAGUGUCUCCGCGCUGCUGCUGCUGCUGCUAUCCCCUCUACCUCUCUCUGUGUCUCUCGCUCUCUCUCUGCCUCCCUCUCCUUUCUCUCUUGUCUCCCUUGACAACAUCUGCGAGCUUGAUUGAGCGCUAGUGUUUCUUUAUUGGCGCCUCGCUUGCCUUGGGCUCAGCUGUAGAGUCGAAUAGAGCUCUCUCGCGUCUCGUAUCUUCUCCAGUCGGAUUGAGCAAGAGCGGAUUGGUCUGAUUUGAUUUGGAGUCGGCAGAUACUAUUCGGCACAGAAUCCGUCCUCCUAUUCGGAAGCUGGUUUGAUUUCCAUCAACGCUCGACUCAUCUUGCACACACUUACCGCAGCCAGCAUCACGAGUUUCGUGACAGCUUUCGGUUUUCGAAAGCGCACUCGGUUGAGUUGUUUGGGUAAUCUGUCGGUAUCGAAAGAGUAAGCGACCAUCAGUCGCAUUGGUAGGGAGGGUGCUUUUUCUGCCGGAAGAAUUUCUUGAGUUGUCAUACGCGUGCCGCAGCCGUAGCAAUUUACAGAGUUGGGUAGAGGCGGAAGAAGAGCACAUAACCAAUUCUGCGUCGAGGUGGUUCUGGGAAUCCAGCUGUGGUCCGAAUUGAGGUCGUGAGAAUAUCGCCAAUCUCUCGAAACCGAGAUUGUAAAGCAUUAAGAAGGUUCUUUAGCCGACUUGCGGAUUGGAAGAAUCGACUCUGGCGGUGUUCUUGAAAUGGUAUCGGUGCUGCGCUCUUGAUUGGCUCAUUACCGCAGCAGAGAAUUCACGUCGGUCUUCGAGGAAGACUUGUGACAGCACUCGUAUAAUACACGCACGCGAGUCAUACGCCACUCGUUCACGUGACGAGUCGCCAGCGCCGACAAUUGACAAUCGCACGGGAGUCUCUGGCAAUUUCGCCGUCGCUCGAGAGUCGUGCGCCGCUCGCCCGCUCGAAGAGGAAUAGGCGGAAGAGGGGCAGGUUGUGCGUGACGGCAGAGAGAGCGAGAGUAAGUCACGACGAAGAUUCAUAUCGCCCGCAGCGGAUUUGAGAUGCAGACUCAGACACAGUCGCUGGGAUUCAGCAUGGGAGAUAGCCGAUGGUCAAUGCAAGGGAUGAGCCAGUUGGAUGCCGUGGAGCGAGUGGAAAGAUUGGCAGCCGAAAAUGCAGUCGUGGUGUUCAGCUUGAGUUCUUGCUGUAUGUGCCAUGUGGUGAAGCGCCUGUUCUGCAGUCUGGGAGUGGGCCCCACGGUGUAUGAAUUGGAUGACAUGAACGGAGGGGCCGAGUUGGAGCGAGCAUUGAGAAAGCUCGUGGGCGAUUCGCAAGCGGUGCCCGCGGUGUUCGUCGGAGGAAAGCUGCUGGGCGGCUUGGAUCGAGUGAUGGCGGCGCACAUCAGCGGGGCUCUGAUCCCGCAGCUCAAAGAAGCCGGAGCGCUGUGGCUUUGAACCGACGAUCGUGGACAGAUAAUAUUGUGCGCUGCCUUGCCAAUUUUGAUUGUUUGAUUGAGCCUCCGAACCUCAGUGACUGUAACUCUGCACUCUUUCUCCGUUCGAGCCCACACCAACAACUCUCGCAAUACUCGAGGCUAGCUCGGCCAAUGUCCAGGCCUUGGAAUUUAGUUCGUUCACAUGGCUGACUAGGCUGUAGCAGCUGAACCUCUUUGUGGAGGUGGUGGUGGUGCUUUCGGCGGUGGUCCCGGCAUAAUGUGACGCGCAGGCCGUGGGGGAGCGAUCGAAGGAAGAGAUGAAGCCGUGCAUGGACGCAAGCAGACUCUCGCAGGAGAUCGACAAUAACGUGCAGUCUCCCGGUGCUGCUGCUUGCAGAGCAGACGGUCCUGCCAUGACUCUGUGCAUAGUGAUGCCCCUCGCGCGCUCUCGAUCGCCCUCCCGCACGACCCCGACCUUCUUCACUCACCCCACUUUCACGAACAAGAUACGCAGAGUGGUACAUGCUUUUGGUCACAGGAUGAUUCACGCAUAUUAUUCACAUGUACACGCCCAUUCUUAGAUUGCUAGGAAUAGCAUGAAUUCUCAUCAUCUUAGCGAAUUUCAACAAGGACAAUCGGUUAUCACCUUCGGGUAUACAAAUCGGACAAUGAGCGCGACCUGUACUAGAUCAAAUUUUUCCAAUUAGAACAGGCGUUUUCUUGGGGAUUCCGCGGGCCACACCCUCCUCCCCCACCUGCGGCCUUGAGGUCAUAGAUUUUUGUUUGCAUUUUCGCCGGUGGGUGGGUGCCUUCAAGCGCACCCGUGUAUCAAACUUUCCCAACAAUUGUGGCUCGUCAUAUUUUUUUUCGUGAGAAACACGCUCUUCAC